UUAUACUCUGUGUCACGUGGUGCCUGUCACCACUCUCACUCACCACCUCUCUCUCUAUCUCUCCUAGACUCCGCAGUAGCACAUGUGGACACAGGCACACCGCUGCGCCCAACGCUGAAGGAAUCUGAUGAGGCCAAGAAAGAGCCCACGGAAAAUUAUGGAACCUAAGCUAUACUAGCAGUUUGCUCUUUGCAGUCGAUCUCUGGCUCUCUGCCGUCCUCCUCCCAUCAUCACCCUGCAGUCUCCUUCGAGUGUGUCGACCGGCGGCUGGUGCGGUCGUGCGGAUCGGAUCUCCACAGCGACAACUUUUCUAGUCCACUGUAAUCGUUAAGCUGCAAUGCGGCCGUUGGACGACAAGGAGUGCUACAGCUACACCACCAACGGGGCGGCGGCCAACGGGCGGCCGCAGCGCAAGAAUCCAGCGCCGUCCCGGCCCAAGCCGACGCCGUCCAAGUGGGACGACGCGCAGAAAUGGCUCGUUGGCAUGUCCGGCGGCCGCGCCGACGGGGUCCACGGCGGCACGGCCAAGCCCAGGAACUCCAACGGAGACGACCGGCGCCUCCUCGGUUCGUCCUCGCAGAACGGCCGCGUGUCCUGCAGCAGCGUGGACGGUGCGCUGGAGUACAGCAUGGUGGUGACGGCGCCCCCGACGCCGCCGCAGCUGGGCGAGGGCGACGACGCUGGGGAGACCAAGAAGAUCGACUGCAUGGUGCAGCAGCACGGCUUGCCCGUGGCGGUCAUCCGGUCCGUGUGCCUGCGGGACAUGGGGACGGAGAUGACGCCGAUCGCCAGCAAGGAGCCGUCCAGGACAGCCACGCCCCUGCGUGCGUCCACGCCUGUCGCGCGGAGCCCAAUAUCGUCGAGGUCGUCCACCCCAGCGAGGAGACGCCAGGAAGGGCCCGUGGGCGUCGCCACCGCCGUUGCAGGGACGACCGAGCCGAUGGCGGCAGGCGAGGUCGGUGUUGCCGGCGAGGAGGGCCCUGUGGACGGUCAGGGUCACGUGCCCAGCGCGAACUCGCUGGAAUCCCGCGCGGUGGCCUGGGAUGAGGCGGAACGGGCCAAGUUCACGGCGAGGUAUAAGCGUGAAGAGGUAAAGAUACAGGCCUGGGAGAACCAUGAGAAGAGAAAGGCUGAGAUGGAGAUGAAGAAAAUGCAGAUGAAGGCUGAUCAGAUCAAAGCACGGGCUCAAGAGAAGCUGGCGAACCGGCUGGCCGCGACGCGGCGGAUAGCCGAGGAGAAGCGGGCAAAUGCGGAGGCGAAGCUCAACGAAAGUGCGGCGAGGACGUCAGAGAAGGCCAACUAUAUCAGGAGGACAGGGCACCUACCGUCCUCUUUUUUCAAGAUGCCUUGCUUGUGUGGCUGAAGCUUGAGCCAGCAAUUGUGAUAAUACGCCUCUCAAUCGUCAUUUUGUCAAGUCACUAUUUCAGGACACCCAGCAGACGGCCAUCGGCCAGUCAUAGACCCAACGUCCAAUUCAAACAAUGGGCCCGUGCUUUUCUGUACUGAUGCAUUGUCAGAAUUAAUCUGCCUCUAACUGGCUUCUUAUUUUAAGGUA